CCCCAGAUCUCAGUCUCUCUCCCUGCCCUCUCUGUCACUCCACCUCCCUACUGCCUGUCUCUCCGCUCUCUCCCUCCAGCAGGAUCCGUCUUUAUCUGCACCGCUCUCCUUCCCUCUGGUCCCCCCGCUCCCCCAGCCGGACGAUGUGAUCGGGGUCUCCGUGGCGAGUGAUCAGCGUCCUCCGGAGUGGGCUGUGAUCGGUGUCAGCAUGUCCGAAGUGCUGCCCUUCAGUGAAGCCGAGCAGCGGGGGCAUUAUGCAGAUGGAGGGGGGGAUGGCCAGAUACCCCUCACCUGCCGCCUUCAGGACACCGGCAACUUCUACGGCAGCUCUGGCCAGGGGGGCGGCAAGAGACCCCCCAAACUUGGCCAGAUUGGGCGCAGCAAGAGAGUGGUGAUAGAAGAAGAUGAAGGUGUCCUCAUGUCCGAGAAGGCCCCUCCUGCCGUCUAAACGCUUCGAAAAAAGGAUCUUUUUAAGGAAAAAAAAAUAAUAAUAUCAAUACCACAAGUCGACGAAGAAUCGAAUUAAGCCAGAUUUUUGUCCUGCCAUCAACAAAAUCUCACAGCAACACAACUCUUGGGGGGGGGGCCCUAGGGAGAAGAACCCCC